AUGGAUAAAAUUAAACAUAAAAUUUUAGUUUUAUCAGGAAAAGGAGGUGUUGGAAAAUCUACAGUAUCAUCACAAUUAGCAUUAUAUUUAGCACACACUGGAAAUAAAGUUGGUUUAUUGGAUGUCGAUCUUUGUGGGCCAAGUAUUCCAAAAAUGAUAGGUGUCGAAAAUAAAGAAGUACAUAAAUCAUCUAAAGGUUGGGUACCAGUAUACACUGAUGAAACUCAAAGUUUAGGUGUAAUUUCAAUUCAAUUUUUAUUAGGGGAUAAAGAUACACCAGUAAUUUGGAGAGGUCCAAAGAAAAAUUCAAUGAUCAAGCAAUUUAUAGAUGAUGUAAAUUGGGGAGAAUUAGAUUAUUUAAUUAUUGAUACACCACCUGGUACAUCAGAUGAACAUAUUUCAGUAACCGAAGAAUUAUUAAAACACAAUGUAGAUGGUGCAAUUUUAGUAACCACACCACAAGGUGUAUCAAUUUCGGAUGUUAGAAAAGAAAUUAGUUUUUGUAAUGCCAUUAAAUUACCAAUUAUUGGUAUUAUAGAGAAUAUGAGUGGUUAUGUUUGUCCCCAUUGUUCAGAAUGCACAAAUAUAUUUUCUUCAGAAGGUGGUAAAUUAUUAGCUGAACAAUGUAAUAUUAAAUUUUUAGGAAAAUUACCAAUCGAUCCAAAUCUAUCAAUUUGUUCCGAAAGAGGUAUAAAUUAUUUUAAAGAAUAUCCAAACUCAUCCACCCUAUCAGCUCUCAAAACUUUUGCCGAAGCAUUAAACAAUUAA